UCCCAGGCUUACUUGCUAUCUUGUAGCCAAUGUUUGCAGCCCAUGAGAGCAGAUUUCUACCCUGGUUUGCCACUUUAGCAUCAGUGUGGGGCAGCAGACAGCUGCCUGCUAUGGAGGCCCAAGACAUGGCACAGUCCCUUCGGGCCCCCAAAUGCUCACGCUGCCGGAACCAUGGCUUCGUCGUGCCAGUGAAGGGUCAUGCUGGCCACUGCCGCUGGAAGCAGUGCCCAUGUGAGAAAUGUGCUCUCAUCACUGAACGCCAGAAGAUCAUGGCUGCUCAGAAGGCCUUGAAGAGGCAGGGAUCAGAUUCCCCACCCAGGGAAAUGUUGCCACCUACUCAUUGCAGCCCCGAUGAUGGACAAGGGGCAGCCACAGCCAGCAGCAGAAAGGGCCUAAGACUGAACAGCUCAGAACCCUGCAAUAAUGGGUCGGUCGCACAUGAAGGAGUGAAGGCUACCUCAACAGUCAGCACCUGUGGCAGAACAGGGACCAACCGGACACCACCCAAACCUAGUUCUCCAACCUUCAUAGACUUAGACCAUCCAACUUUGCCUCAGCCAUGUGCUGCAGUGUGCCCAGAAUUUGUGGAGAGAGAUCCUUCCAAAGUGUAUCCAGGGUACUCUGGGAUGUACCCUUACCACCCAUUCUCUGUGGGAUUCACUAUCAACCAACCAAGCUACAGAGGUCCAUCGCCCGCCUCAGUAUUACCCCUGCAGACAAGUUUCAAACACUUUCCUAGCAGUCAUGGACCAGGAAAUGUUGCUCCUUUGCCAAUGCAGGAUGUAGGAGGGGAUUUCCGGCCAGGUUAUUACACUCCGCUACCGCCUUUUAUACCUCGGGGCUUUCUGCCAGGGAUCCACUACAUUCCGCCGCCUCUCUCAUUUAAUGUUGUGUCUGAAACUGUCAAGGAAACAUCCGCUGCCACUGCAGAUAGCCAGGAUUCUGGAGUGAUGUGUGAACAUAGCCAACUAUCUUCUCAGGAAGACGCCAGUGGAGAUUGUUCCUCAUAUUCAAAGCAUUAAAUGCUUUUACAAGACAUGUUGAAAUGUUGUUUACAAGUAGUGACUUGUUGGAAGUGUUAUUGGGGCAGCGGGGGCCUAGACUGAUACUAAUCCUAAUCAGUCGUACAGAUUUACAAUAUUCAGGUCAUUCCACUCAUAACUUUUGGUGUUUCCUACACAAAAGAAAUUCCACAGGAAUUUUCCCCACUCAGAAUUUUGUGUUUAAGUGCCAAACCAGAACUUUAGGAAGAACUGUAGCCUGCACUGAUUCAGUAAUAAUGUUCUUCCAUCACACAGAUGGGCAGUGGACUGGUACAGGCUCAACACAGGGCUAGCCUAUUGGAAGUCAAUGUGAUGAAUUAGUACUUCUGAUUCCCCACAAAAUCCUGUGUGGAACUAUCCGAAUAUAAUCUCCAAAGCUGUGGUUUUAAAAGCAAAUGUAUGUAGAUAUUAGUAGGCGAUAAUGCUUCUCUACCUUAGGAAAUCUUCACCUGCUGAUUUUUCUUUACCAAGCUGCUUUUAAAACCAGAGGAAGAGGCCAGGCCACUUCUUAUUUUGGCAAGUUGACAACUCUAGCCAUCAGAUAUUAUGACGAUUUAUUUAUUUCAAAUAUCAGGCAAGGAGCAGUGCAGCAGGAGAUCAGCUACUGUUUAAUGGAUUAUGGCACUGGGAUUUCGAGGCUACUACACAUAUCAGCUGCAUAACAGGCAGGAAUCAGCAGGAAAAUAUUUCUCCUAAACAGAGGACAAUCUAUAGCUGUUAAUAUUUGCCUGUCAUUGGCAUAGCUGCCAAUCACACAGAACCUCUUUGCAUUAAAAACUAAGGUGGCAACCCUUUGUAUAGUUUAUGUAGGGUUUAAAGUAGAGAUCCAUUUGGAAUAGCAGGGUAAACAAAUUUCCCACUUCCAUUAUUAAGUCUGGCCCUUUUUGUUCAGUGUUUGAGUGUGUUAUUUGUGGACACAUUUCCUAAAGAAAGAAAGGAAAACUGGAACAGUAUUACUCUGGACCAAAUGACAUCUUGUCUGCAAAUGCAUGAAACAUAGCCUUGAUGGUUUGUUUGCUUUAAAAAAGAAAAGAAAAGCAGCUUCAGAUGGGGCCCUUUCUGAGCAGAACAGUGAGUGAGAAAGGUGUGCAUAACUCUUUUCUCACUAGCAAUAUUCCUGUUACAAAUAAUCUUUCAAGUGGCUUCUCUGCCCGCCCGCCCCCCAGGUUCCACGCACGUUACUUGCAUUGGAACGUCAUAAAGGAAACUGUGUGUGUGUAAGCAUACACUGGUGGAAUUUGGAGCCUUAACUGUUGUAACCUGUAAUGAACCUGUGGACAGGUAUGAUUGUGUGAUGUGAUAUAAAUGGGUAGCUAUGGUGGCCAGAUGUACAGAGUGAUAAGUAUCCUGUAAAUUUAAUAUUUUGCAAUAGAGGAAACUUUGUAAAGUACACUUUGACAUGCAUUAGUGAAAGAAGCUGUACCUGUUGAGAUCCGUUCUUCUAUGCAGCUGUUAAUGGUAGAAGAGCCCUGUCCAGCAUUCCUUCUGGAUAUCCAGCUCAAUCCGGCUGGGGACAUUUGUGAAUGAGAAUGACAUGAAUCGCUUGCACCUGUUAUACCGAUUCAGUAUUGUUUCUAGAUCUACCUGUUUUAAGUGGUGUCCUUGAAAAUAUAAUGGCAGAUUGCCAUAUCUGUACACUAGGCCUCCAGGUAUACCUCUCUUUCUGGGGAGGCAAAACAUGGGGAGCAAGGUCAACAUGCACUAAUGGUUUGUGGCUCUAAAAAUGGCAUCUCUAAAAAAAGUCAGAGGCUAACAUGACUUCAAAAGCACACGUGCAAAAAGGAAGCAUGUAUGCAUUUGCUGCAUUCCUGAAUAAAGCAGCAUGGUAUAAAACUCUCAUGGGGGACAGUUUUCGUCAAUCUCCCCUUCCUUCUGAAAUUCUCAAUGACUCCCAAAAAUACAUCACUGAGGGUUGUGCAGUCCUGACAGACAUAUUUUAGGGUGUGUGUGUGUGUCACACAGUGCUUCAGAAGGAAGGAGGGGAUUGGUGGAAAUUGCCCACCCUGCAUGUGAAUGCCCACACUGCUUUACUCUAUAGCACAGCAAAUGCACAUGUUUCCUUUGUUGUACGUGUGCUUUGUAAGUCACAAUGUUGGCCACAGUUAUUACUGGUACAAGUGGGGGGAAAGGUGUAACCAUUGUAAUAAUCCAGGUGCAAACUCUGCAUAAAGAUAAAACAGUAUUCCAUUUUAAUUAGUUAUCUGUUGUUAAAAAAAAAAUCUGUUACUAGUGUUGGAUUUGCUUUCUUUGUAUAAGAUGGACCUCAACUUAAUAAAAUGUUUACAGUAUUGUUAAA